AUAAUAUCACAGCUCUUCCAAAAAAACAGCUUUCUAAAGAAGGAUCGGCUUUUUGUUUGCCAAAUAUAUUUUUACAUUUUGAUACACGUGUAAUAGCUUUCUCUCAGGAGAAAAACUUCAGACGAAGUAUAGGACCCAACAGCCGGAUGUGUUCAUCUUGACUCACCAUUAAGGCUUGACGUUACUUUGACGGAUCAAACAUUACCUAGAGAAAAGACUACAAAAAUGGUGGCAACUCUUCUUUCUAUAAUUCCUGAUCAAGGACUUAUAGAAUUCUCCAUCAAAACCGAUUCUGGCUCUACUAUUGCCGGAUACUCACGCGGAAUCCAAAAUGGUUCUAUUAGUAGCAAAUCGCCUCUUUUGAUUCUUCUCCAUGGAUAUCCAGAAACGAACUUUAUGUGGCGUCAUGUAAUUCGACUUCUUCCCAAAUCGAUCCCAUUGUUUGUUCCUGAUAUUCCCGGCUAUGGCGCUAGUACACCUGUAUCCGGUAAUACAUCGGCAUCCCACACGAAACGCGCGGUCGGAAAGGCCAUUAUAUCUGGACUAUCCGUGCUGCUAUCUGUUAGCAUCAAUGCCCCAGUACCAAUAAUUCUUGUUGGCCAUGAUCGCGGUGCAAGAAUUGCGCAUCAUCUAGCCAUUGAUGCACCGACUUACGCUGACAAAUUCAAUCUUGUAGGCGUCAGUUUGCUUGACAUUGUUCCCACCACUGUACAAUGGCAAGGAAUGGCCAACCCCACUGAAGGCAGUGGCUUCUUCCACUGGCCGUUCCUGGCAAACGUUGACUUGGCAAACGAAAUGAUUCAAGCGCUAGGAGGUGACGUCUUCGUGCGACGAAUGUUUGAUCGCUGGCGGGGCACGCUGGCUCCAGCUUGUGCCGAAAAAUUGGCUCAGGACGGCGCGUAUGAGGUCUAUGAAACAUCUUUCCGGGCGGAAAGUGUGAUCCGUGCUAGUAACCUAGACUAUGCGGCUGGUGCACGAGAGGAUAUCGUCGAGCAAAAGGCUGACCAAGCAGAAGGAAGGAAAAUUGGCGUGCCUGCUUUGAUUUUAUACUCAGCCACUGGCCUGGGAAAACGGUUUGAUGUUCCAAGAACUUGGAGAGACUGGGUUUAUGAGCCGGACAAAAAUCUUACCCAGAAGGGAGUUGGUGGUGGAGCAGGUCAUUUCUUCGCCGAGGAAAAUCCACAUGAAACAGUGCGCUAUCUAUUGUCGUGGUUUGAGUUAUUGGGAAUCUAUGUUUGAUGCCUGUGCAUCAAUUAUUGUAAUGUCUUGCUGAAACACUAGCUUGUUCAAACUAUACAUUGUUGUCCACA